GGAUGACGGCACAGCAGAGGUGCAGCUGGGCAGCACGCGCGUCCUGGCGUCAGUCUCAGCAGCGCUCACGCUGCCCUUCCCUGACCGCCCCAACGAGGGCUCGCUGGCCGUUUUCACAGAGCUCGCCCCCAUGGCGGACCCUCGCUUCGUGCCUGGGCGGCCGGGUGAGGAUGCCAUUGAAGUGGGGCGCAUCAUUGACCGCGGGCUCAGGGAGAGCCAUGCAGUGGACACAGAAUCGCUGUGUGUGGUGGCGGGGAGGGCGGCGUGGGCGCUCAGGCUGGACAUUCGAGUCAUGGACAAUGAUGGCAACCUGGUGGACGCAUGCUGUCUAGCUGCCGUAGCAGCGCUGCUGGCGUUCCGCCGGCCAGAAGUGACAGUGGGGGGGGACGAUGGCAUGCAAGUGGUGGUGCACUCAGUGGAGGAGCACGACCCGAUACCCCUAACGGUGCACAACCUGCCCCUGGCAGUCACCUUCGCCUUCUUCAACGACGGCAACGACGUGGUCAUGGAUCCCAGCUUCAAGGAGGAGGCAGCCCAGGCAGGGCGCUGCACAGUGCUGGUGAAUGCGGUGGGGGAUGUGUGCAGCGUGCAGAAGGGCGGGGGUGUGGGCGUGUCUCUCCCCCAGCUCAUGCGCUGCUGCCGUGUGGCUGCCUCUGUGGCCCAACACAUGAUCAAAACGCUCACGGAUAAGGUGGCAGCGCUGGCAGCCGAAAGGCAGAAGCGCAAGGUGAAGCGACACGCCUCCCCUGCUGCGGCUGCUGCAGCAGCAACAGUGGGGUUGGACACAGCAGCAGGCGGGUUGAAGGCUGGGGUGAUUGGUGUGGCGGAGAUUGCUGCCAUGCAGAAGAAAGGAGGGGGCGUGCGGCAAGGGCAGGCGAGUGCCGAUGGUGGAGGGGGUGGGGUGAAGGAGGAGCAGAUGGAGGAAGAUGGAGAGGAGGAGGGGGAGGAAGGGGAGGAGGAAUCAAGUGAUGGGGAGGAUGGUGAUGAGGAGGAAGAAGAGGAGGGCGAAGGGGAUAAGGGGCGAGGGGGAGCAGCAGGAGGGGGUGUGGAUGCUCUAUUCGAAGGAGGGGUGUCGUCAUGGUGGGCUCUCUCUCUCUCUUUCUUUCAGCCGCCCCUUGUGCUUCCCCCAGGGCAUAGGCGCCCAUGUGCAAUGGGCUUUAACUCAUGGGCACGGGCGCUGAGGUUGCAAGAGGAGGGUGGCGAGAAGAAGAGCAAGAAGGGGGCAACAGCAGCCCGCCUGGGAUCAGAACUAGACGCCAUCGCCGACCUGCUGCCGUCCGCUGCUGCCCCACACGCACCUGCCUCCAAGGCCUCUGCCGCCAGGGCCGUGCCACCUGCUGGGAAAGGUGAAGAGGAAGUGCCCAGACCAGAAGAUGCAGGGAAUGCAGCUGCAGCGGCAGCGGCAGGUGCAGGGAGCAAAAUGAAGGAGGAGCCUCUCACACUGGCUGAUGCAGUGAAGAAGCCGAAGAAGAAAAAGAAGAGCAAGGCAGAGCAGUGA